GACUGUAAAGAAUCUCUCUCUCUCUCUCUCUCUCUCUCUCUCCCCUGCACUCUUCGCCUUUUGAAUUUAUUAAUGCAGAGAGUUGUUGAAAUCCACAGCUUCCCCCCAAACCCUCACCCUGACCCUCACUCUCGUGCGUUCAUCCUCAUCUUUAUCGCGUAUUCCAGAGAGAUCUCCGUGAAUGCUAGCAUUGGAUCUGCUGUCUCUUCGCUUUCUUCGGAAGGUUUUUGUUAAUGCUUGGUUCCCUGGGAAGCUUGUGUGACAAAUUGGUUUGAAAGAAGGGACAGUUGGUAGUUGGGUAAAACAAGUGAGAAACUGGGAGUACUGUUUUUGUAUUUGUUUUAGUUUUUGCUUAGUUAAAUUGGAAAAGAGUGAAUUCAUGAGUUUAGAGAUCUUUAUUAACGGCCUUUUCUGUCGUUUUAAAAGUAUUUCAUAGAGGAGCUAUGGGUUGACUGAAAAGACUUGGAACCUUUUGGUGUUCUGCGGGAGAUUUUGUGGCUUGGACUUCCUGGGUUUUGAGGGAUGGAUCUUAUAGAUUUGAAGGAUAGAGAUUUUGGCACCGAUCUUGAAAGUGGUGGUGGGACAACUAGUGAAGAAGAUGAAGUAAAAGACAGUUUGGGUGCGAAUCAAUCAAAGACAUUGAUUGCUAAGGUGUGCAGUGCAUUUGGUGAUGGAUCAGUAAAUGGCAGAGAUGGGGUAAGUUCUUGUUGUGAUGUCUUGACUUUCAGUGGCGUUUCUGUGGAGAAUGUGAAUGUGUUGACAGACAAGAAGUUGGAAGAACAAGAGACUAAAGUCCUUGUGGAGAAGGAAACAGUGAAGGAGAAGCGUAAAAAGUCAAGUGCUAAAAAGCCUCCCCGACCCCCCAGAGGUCCGUCCUUGGAUGCUGCAGACCAGAAGCUAAUCCGAGAGAUCAAUGAACUUGCCAUGUUGAAACGUGCAAGAGUUGAGCGAAUGAAGGCAUUGAAGAGGAUGAAAGCUGCUAAGGCAUCAUCAUCCAGCAGCAACUUAUCUGCCAUGCUCUUCACAGUAUUCUUCUGUCUUGUUAUAUUCUUUCAAGGAAUGUUGUCGAGGAGUUCGCCUGGCUUCCAUGGUUCUCCUGAACCAGCUGCAGGAACACCGGGUAAUUUUAUUUCAGUUCAGUACUACAGGAAUUCAUCUGCAAAGCACACCAAUGCCCCUGAUUCUGGUUCUCUAGUGCCAUGGGCUAACUUAAUAAAUACUGUUUAA